CUUUGUUUGCGACUAUAACUCGCCGUAUAUUUCAUAUAAUUCAGAUAAGACCAAUCCAGAAUUCCCAUCUCUUAAUUGGGAAUAUUAAUUGAUAAAUAGUGGCUUAAUAAUCGUUGUGCCCCUUUUGUGUUUCGCAUAAUGUUAAUAAGCAUAAUCCCAUCACAAUUUAUUGUCUUCAACUCUUUCUGUGUAUCUAAUUCCUCGAAGACAAUGCGCCUGUAGGCGAAGAGUUACCAUCUCCAUACACUCUUUUCGUAGUUCCGCUUCCGAUCUCACAUAAAAUCCUCCACAAUUUAAAUACCAUGAUAUUCCCUUGAAAUAUUUCCUGUUUGAUCAAUUUUUACAGUUCCUGUAUUAUUCUUUUUAUUGUUCCAUUUAUAUUUUCAUUCACUAAAUUUUUAAUACGCUUCACUCGUUUCAGAAAUGGUCAGUUUGAAAUUAUCUACUUUAGCCAUUGCUUUAUUAAGCUCUGUUGCUAAUGCUAAAAAAGUAUUCAUCGAUAAUGAUGGAAUCACUCCUCCAAACAUUCUUUUCCCAUUAAUGGCUGGUUGGGACAUUGUUGGUGUCUCAACUUCUUUUGGUUCCUCUUCAAAUGUAGAUUCUGCAGGAACUGCUUACGAUACUUUACAACAAUAUAAUUUAUCAUCUUGUAUACCUCAUUAUCUUGGUGCUCAAGGUCCAUUAUUAAGAACUCAAGAUACCUUUAACAUCUGGCAAGAUUUGUUUGGUGAAUUGGUCUGGCAAGGUGCUUUUGCUCCAGGUUAUGAAAAUGAAUAUUCAUGGAGUAACAUCACUUAUAAUGAAACCUUACCAGGUGCCGUUGCUUUAAUCAACGCUGUUCAACAAUACAAGGAUACCGAUCCAGUUGUCAUUUAUGCUGCUGGUAUGAUGACCACUGUUGCUCAAGCUCUUUCACUUUACCCAGAUUUACCAAAAGAUGCCGGUGGAUUAUAUAUUAUGGGUGGCUAUUUUGAUACUCAAUACACUGCUGGAACUGGUACUCCAAUUGUUAACGAUAUUAACACUGAUAUCAAUUUAAUUCAAGACCCAGAAGCCGCUCAAAUGGUCUUAACUGCCAAUUGGUCCUCUAUUGUCAUUGGUUCUAAUGUUACCAAUUACUUAGUUCCAUCUCAAGAAUUAUAUGAUCAAAUCAUUGAUAGAGCUGGUGGAUUAGAUGUUAUACAAAACAACACUUACUUAUCCCCAUUAUUAGAUAUUUUAUAUACCGGUAACUUUACCGAAAAUGAAAUUGAAUCUGAUGAUCAAGACACUUUACCAUUUUGGGAUCAAGUUGUUUCUGCUUAUCUUGCCUUCCCAGAAUUAGUUACAAGUACCACUAACUUUUCUGUUGCAGUUGAUACUCAAUUCUAUUCUCCAUUCUACGGUGCUUUAAGAAUUUGGGGAGCUCAAUUUGCUCCAACUGGUCAAAUUACAGGUAAUGCAACUGUUGUUAACACUAUAGAUGAUGGAGCAUUCUACAAUUACUUGAUCCAAGCUUACUUCUUAGAUUGGAGACAAUACUGUGAAGUUGGUGGUCCAGUUCAAUUGGAAGGGUUUGCUUAAAAUAUGUCAAAAUUAAAAUAGAUUUCUUGUCAUUCAUUUAUACUUUCUUUAAAUCGUUAAACUAUAAUACCUUUCGGUGCUUUUCUAGAUUACGUUAGUUAGCUUUAAUUUUCAAAAAUAAAAAUUGAAAAGUUGAAUAUCC